AAUGUGUCGGCAUGUUGUUUUGCUACAUUUUAGCGGUCUACAGUCAAAUAAAUUGGUUAUUUAGUUCCUGGAUUCAGAGUAAAUGUGGAAUGUGUCUCGACAGAGACUUUACAGCAAUUUGAAACGCUUUACAGCACCACGAAGGAAACCGUAACCAGGGUAACAGCCCAUUCUCGCACGCUAUUUGUUAAAACGCUGCCGGAAAGCGGGACGCUGUCAUGGGAGCUGCGUAACGUGAACAGACGUCUGUCUUUUGUCAUUCAUUUGAUACGUUUAUCACUACUGAAUUUAUCAUUGACUCACCUUUAUGUAAAACUCAGAUAGACAUGGCCGAGAAGUUUGAUAAUCUCGAGGAGCACCUCGAGAAAUUCGUCGAGAACAUACGGCAACUUGGGAUUAUUGUCAGCGAUUUUCAACCCAGUAGUCAAACAGGACUCAAUCAGAAACUGAACUUUAUGAUCACAGGACUGCAAGACAUUGAGAAAUGCCGACAGCAGCUUCAUGAUAUCAACGUACCGUUGGAAGUGUUUGAAUAUAUUGAUCAGGGACGUAACCCUCAACUCUAUACCAAGGAGUGCUUGGAGAGAGCGUUGGCUAAAAACGAGCAGGUCAAGGGAAAGAUUGACACAUUGACUAAAUUUAAAAGCCUCCUAAUUUCCGAGCUAGGGAAGGUUUUCCCUGAAGAGAUGGCUAAAUAUAAGGCCAUUCACGGAGAUGACCCUCCUUCAUGAUUAACGUUGCCAGUCCUUCAACACUUCAAGAUGUACAUAUGUUGAUAUUAAUAUUACAUAUUUUUACAAUUCAGAUCAUCAGUCAAAUAUGCUAAUUUUUACAGCUUUUUCAUCUUUGUAUUUACCUUUGUAUGUCACACUUCUGGUUUGUGAAUUGAGGGAUAUUUUGGGACAUCUUGAAAACAGUGAAAAGCUUUUUUGUUAUUCAUUGUAUGUUUUGCAGCAUAUUUUUAUUUUUCUGUUGAAUAAAUGAUUAUUUUGUGUAAUCACA